AUAAGGGUCAUGUGACUGAAGUGAAGUUUUCCAGCAAAUUAUUUUCAUGAUUUUUGAGGAAAUGGUUACUAGACAAGCACGACGCUACAUUUUGAGCAAUUCAUUAUGUUGUACUGUGCUUUGUUUACUUUGUAUAUGUAUACCUGUUGUAUCAACAGAAAUUGAUGUAGACCAGAAUGAGACAAAAGUACUCCUGAUGUUCUCCAAAUCAGAAUUAAAGACAGUGGUGGGCGAUGUCAAGGAUCUACAUUUGACGCUGAAUGAUACCACUGCUAGCAAUGCCACGGUGACCUUUACUUACCAGAUAGGGGACACAAUCAGCUCUGUGGAGAACGACCACUACAUAGAGCCAGUUCCUGAUGUCUUUAUUUUAGCCAAUCAGACUAGGACGAUGUCAUUCAACAUUACGAGCACUGGUGUGGGCCAUUUCAACCUCGGAGUCAACUCAUCGUCAAAACAGUUUACUAAAUUAUCUGAGCAGUUUGUUAGGAUCACCAUCGUUCAUAGCUCAGCUCUGGUUGUGAUUAAUUCUGUGAUUGGCUGGAUCUACUUUGUGGCCUGGUCUGUUUCUUUUUAUCCCCAGGUAUAUGAAAACUGGAGGAGAAAAAGUGUGGUUGGUCUGAAUUUUGACUUCCUUUUGUACAACAUCACAGGAUUCCUGGCCUACGGCUUCUUCAAUGUUGGAAUGUACUGGGUCAAUGAUGUUAAGGCGGAAUACAUGAAUAAACAUCCAAGGGGAAUAAAUCCUGUACAGCUGAAUGAUGUCAUUUUUACACUUCAUGCAGUGUUCGUGACAACUAUAACAAUAUUUCAGUGUUUUAUUUAUGAUAGAGGGGGUCAGAAGAUCUCUAAGAUUUGUAUUACCCUGGUGUCUCUAGCCUGGCUGUUUAUUGUCGUGGCAUUAUUUAUUGUUAUUUUUGGAGAUGACAUCAUCACCUGGCUACAGUAUCUAUACUAUUUCUCAUAUGUCAAGCUGGGGGUUACCAUCAUCAAAUACAUCCCACAGGCCUGGAUGAACUGUAAGAGGCAGAGUACACUGGGAUGGAGUAUUGGGAACGUCCUCCUGGACUUCACUGGAGGCAGCUUCAGUCUUCUACAGAUGUUCCUGUUAGCUUACAAUAAUGAUGAUUGGUCGUCUAUAUUUGGAGACCCCACUAAGUUUGGAUUGGGUGCCUUUUCCAUAUUGUUUGACAUCCUCUUCAUGGUGCAGCACUACUGUUUGUUCAGGGGGAGAGAUCCGUAUGAAAGUCUGAACAACUACGAGGAGGUCUACAGUCCCCUCAUCAAGUAACUGUCUACAGAGAUAGAGAUACUCAGGGCAGCUUAGGUUUGUCAUUGUUUUAACAAUGACAAGCUCAUAGCAACUCUCCUAUGUGAUUCGGUGCAAUAUAAACUUAUGAGACUGUUGUGUAUCUGAACAAUGACUCAUUUUAUAUAAUGAAGAGUGAUUUAUUUGUUAUACAUUGUUAUAAUACAUGAAUGGAUUCUGUGAGAAAGUUGUAUUUUGUAUAAGUACCAUAACAUUUUAUGUGGAAGAAAAAGUGCUUCUGAUCUGUAAAUCAGUCCUUCAUUAAUUAUUAAGAACAUGUUAAUUUUUCUGUGAUAUGUGUGGAUUUUUUUUUUUAUAUGGAACCUGUGUCCUAACAUUUUUAUGCUAUUACUGUAUAAACUGUAUGCAUUGUUAGAGAAAAAAACAUUUUGAUAUAAUCUUGUUGAUAAAAAUGCCCAUUAUAAUACAGUCAUGUUUUUUUGCAUUGUUGUAAUUCAAUUAUAUUAUGCAUUUUUGUGAGGUCAUUAAAGGUGGUUUGCAGAAAA